UUUGACAUUGGCAGCACGGACUGUAUUGAUGGUAGUCAGAUCAUGGUGCCUGGUGUCCACUGCUGUGCCGAAAAAUCACCGGCACACCCACUCGGUAGAAAGUGUGCUAAAAACAGAACUCUGGAUUGGAACAAACCCCCUGAAUUCAGACUAACUGCUUGUGCAAAAGCAUAAAUUCUCAACUGACUGGACCUUGCCCUGUAGCAGAAGGAAAAGUCGAUGAGACUGUUGAAACUUGCUUUACCCUUACAGAUGCCCCUGAGUUCAGAGGGCAGCGUUCCACAGUUCACUUGGGUCUGAUGACUCAGCAGAAGCGCUUAGAGUCCUCCCCCAGGAUCAACAGGCACUUGGAGCAACAACUCCUUUCAAUCCCAUGGCAAUGACCGGAUUCCAGGAUUCUUUUGUAGCUUACCCGAGGCCCUUUGUGCAGACAUUGUUUUCGGUCUGCAUCAUGUCUGGAGCCAGCCGGCCGCUGGCGCUUCUCCUCUGCGGCUGCUACGUGGCCGCCCUGGGGGUCCACACCGGUGAGCACUGCCCAGCCGAGCAUCACCAGGCCGACCAGUACGUGGCUGCCGUGUACGAGCACCGGUCCAUCCUGAGCCCGAACCCUCUGGACCUCAUCAGCCGCAGGCAGGCCUUGGAGCUCAUGAACCAGAACCUUGAUGUAUACGAACAGCAAGUGAUGGCUGCAGCCCAAAAGGGCGCACAGAUCAUAGUGUUCCCAGAAGACGGGAUUCACGGAUUCAACUUCACAAGAACCUCCAUUUACCCAUUUUUGGACUUCAUGCCAUCUCCCCACUUGAUCGGAUGGAACCCAUGCCUGGAGCCCCACCGAUUCAAUGACACGGAGGUCCUCCAGCGUCUGAGUUGUAUGGCUCUCAAGGGAGAGAUGUUCCUGGUGGCCAAUCUUGGGACCAAGCAACCUUGUCACAGCAGGGACCCAGGGUGCCCAAAUGAUGGAAGGUACCAGUUCAACACCAACAUUGUGUUCAGCAGUAACGGGACCCUGGUUGACCGCUACCGCAAACACAACCUCUACUUCGAGGCGGCAUUUGACACCCCCCUCGAGGUGGACCACAUCAUCUUCGACACCCCCUUUGCUGGCAAGUUUGGCGUCUUCACUUGCUUUGACAUCCUGUUCUUUGAACCUGCCGCCAGGCUGCUCAGGGACCCUGAGGUGAAGCACGUGGUGUACCCGACCGCCUGGAUGAACCAGCUCCCGCUCUUGGCGGCUGUGCAGAUCCAGAGGGGCUUUGCCACUGCCUUUGGCAUCAACCUCCUGGCCGCCAACAUCCACCACCCGUCUCUAGGGAUGACCGGAAGCGGCAUACACGCCCCUCGGAAGUCUUUCUGGCACCAUGACAUGGAGAGCCCCGAAGGCCACCUUAUAGUUGCCCCGGUGGCCAAAAACCCACUGGGUCUCGUUGGUGCAGCGAAUGCCACAGGUAAAACAGACCCAGCCCACGGUAAGUUUUUAAAGAUCUUGGCAGCUGGUCCGUACUCUGAGAAGGACGCUCAGGAUGUCCACUGCAACAGAGCCACCGGAUGGGACACGAGCACUCCUGCCACCUUCUACUCUGAGAUGAUGUAUGACAAUUUCACCCUGGUCCCUGUCUGGGGAAAGGAGGGCCACCUCCGAGUCUGCGCCAAUGGCCUUUGCUGUCAGUUACUCUACCAGAGGCCCACUCUGUCCAAAGAGCUAUAUGCCCUGGGGGUCUUCGACGGUCUUCACACCGUGCACGGUACUUACUACGUGCAGGCUUGCGCCCUGGUCAAGUGCGGGGGGCUCGGCUUUGACACCUGUGGUCAGGAGAUCACGGAGGCCGCGGGGAUGUUUGAGUUUCACCUGUGGGGGAACUUCAGCACCCCCUAUGUCUUCCCGAUGCUGCUGACCUCAGGGAUGACCCUGGAAACCCCUGACCAGCUUGGCUGGGAGAGCGAUCACUACUUCCUGACGAAGCGGGGCCUGUCCUCUGGUCUGGUGACGGCUGCUCUGUACGGGCGGGUGUACGAGAGGGACUAGGAGGGUGCGGGGUGGGCUCUGGCCAACGCGGGGGCCGCCCCCUGCAUGGGCACAGGCCGAAGUCCGGGGCACGUGGGCCACCUCUCCCCGCCCCGGAGUCCCUCCUGGGCGCCAUAGGAAGAAGCAGGGAAACAGACUUCACCAGUGUCUCUUCCUCUUAAAUACAAAUUAGCAAGACACCUCUGGCAUUUUUCUACUUGCAUUUCCACUUUCCAAGCCACAUCUUCCUCCGGUAGGGCUUUCAUUACACAAUUGUUAUAAGAACUCAAACAAAAAUAAAUGUCAGUUUACACAGCCCCUCCCCCAACACUGACGAGGUAUCUGACCAACCCAGGGUGUCAGCUGCUGGUGGGGUUCCAGGUGGAAAGUUGGUGUGUUCCCCGGGGCUGGUGUGGCUGGUGGCUCCACGGCGACCGGGCAGAGCCCUGUGCGGGGUCAGUGCCGUGCGGGGGCUGCCGUGCCCUGUGGAGCUUGGCUUAGGGCUCUUCUUUGAGAAGCUGACUGAGGUUGUGGUGUUGCUGCCGCCCACUGGCCUGAGUUCACAGUUCGCUUUCCAAAACCGAGAAGGGCUGACAGCGGCAUGUCUGCCUGUCAGCAGGUUAUUGGUCGGUGUCUUACGUACUUUCAGACUUGGUCAGUCUUGUACAAGUCAGCUUUAUGGAAGACACAAAGAGAAGUUGGCGAAAACUCUGGCUGCACUGACUUGGGGGAAAUGCCAACUCAUUAGCAAGAUUGGUACUGCUGAAAAGGAGAAUGCUGGCGUGGGGACAUCUGCAGAGAACGCCAGGCUCAAACGAGAUUCAUUAAAUAUACUUAGCCUCGCUGAUAUUUAACAGGAAAAUGAUGAGGGUCAGCCUGCGUUUGAGAAAGGAACUCAAUUCUCUGGUCCAAGAACUGGUCCAGGAUUCCUGCAGUCUAAACAAGAAGAGAUGGCAGACAUGCUAAUAGUGCUCAGGAUCCUGGAAGAGGUCACACAAGCCCCAGGGAACACACCAACAUUCCCCUCCACUCAGGCAUCCAUUUCAAAGGAUCAGCACCUGAGCAGCACUGAAGCCAGUGGCAGCAGGGCCAGCCCCUCCUUUAAUCAGAGUUCCUCCAACUUCACAUUCUGUGCCCAACAGUCAGCUCCCCCAUGGUCAACUUCUCUCUUCAAAUAUAUAUUAUAAUUCUUAGAUCACACCACGAAAUGACCUCUUCCUAUAUUCAGCAAAUGCUCGGGUUGUGUCCUCUAGCGGUGAAUGCAGCGUGGUGAGUGAGGGGAAUCUCACUUAGCUCGAAUAUUCCCCGGGCCUCGUUUCUCAAGACGGUGUUCUAGCUAUGCUGCACCAGUCAUAGACGUGAGCUGUAAAAGCUGCUCUAGGCAUGCAUGGACACAUGUAUCUGGACCUUCUUUUCCCUUCAGUAAAAUCCUGGGCACAGGAUAUCUUGUUGGUGCAGGAUUUGUAGGGUUAAAUUCAUUUUUCCAACAUGUUUGUACCAUUAAAAAUUCUCAUCAUUGAUAUAAGAGCACCUGUUUCUCAAUAUCAAGCAGAAUACACAGCAGUCUUCUCCUGGCUGUCGUGUGUCCAGAUGUUGCUGGAAGCUGGCCUAAAUAUAAAUAUGUUCUUUGG